AUGGCACUAAUGAAGGUCAAGUUUGACCUGAAGAAGCGGGUGAAACUGGCCCAGUUUGUAUGGCUGAUGUACUGGUUCUCAGUGAUGGCAGGCGUGCUGGUCUUCAGCAUGGGGCUGUUCUUUAAGAUCGAGCUGCGUAAGCGCUCAGAGAUGAUGGACAACAACGAGAGCCACUUCGUUCCUAACCUACUAAUCGGCGUGGGGCUGCUGGCCUGUGGGAUCAACGCCAUGGGAGGCAAGAUCUGCUACGACUCCUUGGACCCUAUCAAGUUCUCCAGGUGGAAGCCUAUGCUCAAACCCUUCCUAGUCUCCUGUGUGGCUUUCAAUUGUCUCCUGGUGCUGACGGCUCUGCUCUGCUUCCUAAUGAGGAUCCCUCUCCAGUUCACGCUGGCCGAGGGCCUGAAGAAUGCCCUGAAGUUCUACAAGGACACAGACACGCCGGGACGCUGCUACAUGAAGAGAACCCUGGACCAGAUGCAGAUGGAGUUCCGUUGCUGCGGCAACAACAACUUCAGGGACUGGUUCGAGAUCCAGUGGGUCAGCAAUCGCUACCUGGACUUCAGUGCCAAGGAAGUAAAAGAUCGUAUCGGCAGCAACGUGGAUGGGAAGUACCUGAUGGAUGCUGUUCCAUUCAGCUGCUGUAACCCCGGCUCCCCGCGGCCCUGCAUCCAGUACCAGGUGACCAACAACACGGCCCACUACUCCUACGACCACCACACCGAGGACCUGAACAUCUGGAAACGGGGCUGCCGCGACGCUCUGAUUUCCUACUACGGAGGCAUGAUGAACAGCAUAGGAGCCCUGGUGCUGCUGGUCACUAUUCUGGAGGUUAUUGUGAUGAUCGGCCUCCAGUACGUGAAUACCUCCCUGUCUAACCUGGCCAACCCAGAGGACCCAGAGUGUGAGAGCGAAGGCUGGAUCCUGGAGAAGACAGUGAAGGAGACGUUUACUGACAUCAUGGACAAGAUGAAAGCCAUGAGUAAAGGCAAUGCAGUGGACGAGGCCGAAGUGGAUGGAUCCGCCUACGUUACCAAAGGAUCCGCCAUUAACUACUUUACCAAAGGAUCCGCCAUUAACUACGUUACCAAAGGAUCCGCCAUUAACUACGUUACCAAAGGAUCCACCAUUAACUACGUUACCAAAGGAUCCGCCUACGUUACCAAAGGAUCCGCCAUUAACUACGUUACCAAAGGAUCCGCCAUUAACUACGUUACCAAAGGAUCCGCCUACGUUACCAAAGGAUCCGCCAUUAACUACGUUACCAAAGGAUCCGCCAUUAACUACGUUACCAAAGGAUCCGCCUACGUUACCAAAGGAUCUGCCAUUAACUACGUUACCAAAGGAUCCGCCAUUAACUACGUUACCAAAGGAUCCGCCAUUAACUACGUUACCAAAGGAUCCGCCUACGUUACCAAAGGAUCCGUCAUUAACUACGUUACCAAAGGAUCCGCCAUUAACUACGUUACCAAAGGAUCCGCCUACGUUACCAAAGGAUCCGCCAUUAACUACGUUACCAAAGGAUCCGCCAUUAACUACGUUACCAAAGGAUCCGCCUACGUUACCAAAGGAUCCGCCAUUAACUACGUUACCAAAGGAUCUGCCAUUAACUACGUUACCAAAGGAUCCGCCAUUAACUACGUUACCAAAGGAUCUGCCAUUAACUACGUUACCAAAGGAUCUGCCAUUAACUACAUUACCAAAGGAUCCACCAUUAACUAUGUUACCAAAGGAUCCGCCAUUAACUACGUUACCAAAGGAUCCGCCAUUAACUACGUUACCAAAGGAUCCGCCAUUAACUACGUUACCAAAGGAUCCACCAUUAACUACAUUACCAAAGGAUCUGCCAUUAACUACUGGUAA